AUGAACCGAAACGUUGAGAUCAAAGCCAAGGUUGUGGACUUUACCCAAUUCUUGGCCCGUGCUGAACAAAUCUCUGGCCAAAAACCGAUCUUGAUCCCACAAAAAGAUACAUUCUUCCAUUCGAAGCAAGGUCGACUGAAGUUGAGAGAGUUUCCAGGCUUUAACGUAAGUUUAAUCUUGUUUUUAUUAGUUUUUGUUUUUAGAAACCAGCAGAAUUGAUCCAAUAUGAUCGACCUGAUGUUUCUGGUCCUAAAAUCUCCGGAUUCUACAAGAUCAAUGUUCAGGACCCGAAAACUUUAGGGGUAAGUGAUGAUAGAGCUUUGUUUUGUUAUUUUGUAGUAAAUAUAGAAGUGUAAAGAUUUAGAAAAGGGGUUACAUAAUGGACUUAAAUACUUAUAUUCAUCUAGCAGUUUGGUGGGUCUUUGUUUUUAGUAAAAUUAAAGUAAGUUCUACUGCUAAAACUGAUGAAAUUGGUCUUAAAAGGCAUCUAGAAGUCUCACCUAUCUUUAAAAUGUUAAGUUUUACGAAUACUUGAUAGUUAAAUUACCAUAAUAUUAAUUUCCAGCAAGUUCUAUCGCUAUCAAACGGAGUUCUCGGCGAAGUUUCGAAGAUUCGUUACUUGUUUUUGGUGGGUCAAACCCGAAUUCAUGCUGACAAAGUAGACAACCUUGGAAACUUUAUGGAGCUGGAAGUGUGCUUGAAGCCCGAACAGACUUUGGAACAAGGUCAAGCUAUUGCUGAAGAGUUGAUGAACAACUUGGGCGUUCGAAAGGAAGAUUUGAUUGAAGGCGCUUACAUGGAUGCAUUGUUAGCUGACAGUUCUGAAAAGAAUAUUGUUGUAGCUUGA